AUCUCUUGAACGUCACAGCCAAACUGCAUCCUGAUCGACGCUCUGCUUCUCCUCUCCUGUGGCCAACUGAGAAGAAAAGAUGGGAAAAAUAAACGGAUGCCUCAAGUGCCUUUUUAUCUUCUUCAAUGUGCUGUUUCUAGUCGUCGGAUGUGUGAUGAUAUACGUGGCAGUGCAGGCCACUGCUUCUUCAAUCAAGAUGUCGACAUUCGGAGGCCCGAGCAUUGGCUGGAUCUGGGUCAUCACCCUCGGCAUCUUCGGCAUCUCUGCUCUGGGAAUCUUCGCCGCCUGCUCAGAGAAGGAGCUUUUCCUCAAAAUAUUUGCAGGUUUCAUGGUGAUUGGGAUGAUCAUCAUGCUGAUCUUUGGGACGGUUGUGGCUGUUUUGAGAAACUCGCUGAAACAAAGCUUUGAGAGUAAAUCCAAAGAGUUUGUCGAGCCCAUCAUGAACGAUGAAGAGUCGCGGCAAAUGCUGGAGGCCUUCCAAAGCUCAGUCAAGUGCUGUGGCCUGGUCAGCGCGGACGACUGGGGCAAAGAAAUCCCAGCGUCCUGUGAAUGCAAAGACACCAACGGACUGUUUGGAAGGACAACCUGUAAAUCCAAACCUGUGGGAUCCACCGGACCGGCUCAGAUCUACGCCGAGUCCUGCAGUAGCAGCAUCUUUUAUAUCGUGGACAUCAUAUUCAAGAUCUCCCUGGGCUUCCUGUUUGGUUUCGCUGUCACUGCACUGUUGGGCCUGCUGAUCUCCAUCCUGAUGAUCCAUCAGAUCAGACGUCACGACAGCAUGGGAGGACCGUCCAUCGCCAUGAAGGGUUACUGAGGCUAACCUGACUGUUAGCAUCGGAAUGUAACCAGCGUCUCUGGUUUUAUCACCCAGGGAUCCAAAUCCUCCUGGACGAGAUGUCUUCUUCUCCUUAAGAGUUUAUAUCACUGAUUUUUGUAUGAACAUUUAUUUUUUUACAUCGUUAUGUUUUUGUUGCUGAAUUGUAUUAAUCUGUGCAACACAGAAAAAAUCUGAAUAUUUCCAUAAACCUCAGCUGGGAGGUGAAAAAUAUUUCCAGACAUUAAAUUUAGGAAAACUACAAUCAUGGGAUUAAUUUCUUAUGCAUUUUUGGGUCUGAAACUUGCUAACGACUUUUUAUAAGUUGGCAAAACAAUCAUUAAAGCAGAUUAUAUGAAGUUUUCAGUAAUUUUAAUGGAAUAAUUUCACAAGAGAAUGACUUUAAAAGUACCAGUAACAUUUUUACAACUAUUUUGUCAUUAUUUUGUGGGAAAUAUUGUCUUUUUUAUUUUCUUAAAUCAUUUUCCACAAAUUUCUACAAAAUCUAUCCACCUUUUUGCAAAAUUUGUAUAUUUUCUAUAUUUUAAAACCUAAAAAUGUAAAUAAAGUGGUGGUUGUUUAAAAUUUCCAACAGUAAAGAAGAAAUAUUAAUUUUAUUUUUGAAGCAUUUAUGGCCUCCUUGGAUUAUUCCUGCAGACCCGUAAUCUGGACAUUCGCUGAAUAAAACGAGACAAAUCUGGGCAAAGUCUGGACUAAUUAUGUCAAUAAAUGUUUUAAACUCCAUUAUGAAAAUGAUGUUUAAAUGAAAAAACAAAACAUUUCCAUUAUAUUCUGUAAAAGUAUUGCACUUUUUUUAAUAAAACAAUAUUUCCACAGA